CAUGACUACGCUGGGAAUGCAACGUGAAGCCGCAGUUCUGCCAUCAUUCAAGAUGGCUGCCCCCAUCAAGAUGACCGGGGUGUGCCUGGGGAAAAGGGGCAGCAUGAUGGUAUGAGACGGUCUAGCGUCGGACCAUGUGGAAGUUUCUGGGACUGGGGAGCCGGAUAAUGGGGGGUGGGGCCCGUGCGGGGUAGAGGGAGCAAUAGCGUCCUUUCCCAGGCGAACCCCGGCCCCUCCCCUGACCUCUGGACUGAAAUGGGGAACACAUUGGGCCUGGCACCGAUGGGGGCUUUGCCCCGCCGGAGCCCCCGUCGAGAGGAACCUCUCCCCAACCCUGGGAGCUUCGAUGAGCUGCACCGGCUAUGCAAAGAUGUAUUCCCAGCACAGAUGGAGGGAGUGAAGCUCGUUGUCAACAAGGUUCUGAGCAGCCAUUUCCAGGUGGCUCACACUGUGCACAUGAGUGCUCUGGGCUUGCCGGGCUAUCACCUCCAUGCGGCCUAUGCAGGGGACUGGCAACUUAGCCCAACUGAGGUGUUCCCCACUGUGGUCGGGGACAUGGACAGCAGUGGCAGCCUCAACGCCCAGGUCCUGCUCCUUUUGGCAGAGCGGCUCCGAGCCAAGGCUGUCUUCCAGACGCAGCAGGCCAAGUUCCUGACGUGGCAGUUUGAUGGCGAGUAUCGGGGAGAUGACUACACAGCCACUCUGACCCUAGGAAAUCCUGACCUGAUUGGGGAAUCGGUGAUCAUGGUUGCUCACUUCCUGCAGAGCCUCACUCAUCGGCUGGUGUUGGGAGGAGAGCUAGUUUAUCACCGGCGGCCAGGCGAAGAGGGGGCCAUUUUGACACUGGCUGGGAAGUACUCGGCUGUACACUGGGUAGCUACCUUGAAUGUGGGAUCAGGUGGGGCCCAUGCAAGUUAUUACCACAAGGCAAAUGAACAGGUUCAGGUUGGAGUGGAGUUUGAGGCAAAUACGAGGCUACAAGACACAACUUUCUCCUUUGGUUACCACCUGACUCUGCCCCAGGCCAACAUGGUAUUUAGAGGCUUGGUGGAUAGUAACUGGUGUGUGGGUGCUGUGCUGGAGAAGAAGAUGCCCCCGCUGCCCGUCACCCUCGCCCUCGGAGCCUUCCUUAAUCACUGGCGCAACAGAUUCCACUGUGGUUUCAGCAUCACUGUGGGCUGAGGUUGUCCCAGAGCCAGCCCCCAUAACAGCUGGAACCUCUCAGUCAGGUGCCCUGGGGCCAGGAACUAGGCCCCUCUCAAGAGCCCACCUUGCUGGGUGACCUCUAGGUCCCAGGAGCAGAGUGGGGACAAUACAUGCCCUCCUCAGAACUGGAGCUGCCACAGAGGCAGCUGCUGACGCAGUGGUUUGAGGCUCCCACCUCUGCCAUCAGCCCCAGUUUCAUCUUCCCAUACUCUUAUGGCUCUGGACUAAGGGAGAAGAAUUAACGCGUCUGUCUGGCUGCAUUUUCUCCCCUCACUCCCACCUCCUUCAUUUCCUUAUGGAUUAAAGCUCCUAGCCUCUUCCUCUUCAGAGCAGAAAAAUCUGCAUGGCAUUAGCUCCCAUCCUGUUUUCCAUCCCAGAGUUUCCCAAGGCUGGGAAAGAAGGGCUGAAGGGCUAAAUCUUUGACCCCAGAAAGUGGGGCCCACCUAUUCCCAGACGGAGCUUCUUUACCUCUUAGCCCUGAGGCUUCCUCCUUCCCCAUCUUCUGUGCUUCCAGAGAACAACUUUGUCCCCAUGGCCACCCCUCAUUCUCCCCAUUACCGCAUGAAGAGGCAGACAUUGCUUUGAUCUUUCACUGCAACCAGUGGGCUCCCUGUUUACUGGCUCCAGCCUCUGGUCCGAGCAUUCUCCCCUUUCCAGUCCAGCGUGUCCAGGUGGUCUGGGGAAGGAGGCGAACUGGGCCUCAGCUGCAGGUCUCCUGGAGCAGUGGCACCAUGGUGGACAGUCCCCUGGAUGUUCUCAAUUUGGUACCAACAUGCAUUGUUAAUGCUUCGGAGAUCAGCCAACCGGCCCAGCAGCUUCGCGUAUAGAAACCUUUGGGGUCACCAGGGAAGGAGAAGAGAGAUAGGCAGCUGAGAGUCUUGUCCUGAGGCCCUGACCCCCUAAACUGCCUCUCUGUGAAGCUAGGUCUGAACAUUAGGGAAAAUACGCUCUGAUGUGACAAAUGUAUCAGAAGCUCCAAAGGUCCCCAGUGGGGCCUCUAUCUGACACCGACUUCUCUCACCAUGCCGUUUUUCUUGAACCCAGAGCUCAGAGGGCUGAGCGUGAAGGAAGCCCCAGACUUUGCCAGAUAUUCAGCUGUGUGGAAUCCGAGGAUCUGGCCUUCUAGAGCAGGUUCUAGAAGGUGGGUGUGUUCUAUGGUAUAAAGCAACCCUCUUCUGGCCAAACUGGCACAUUGAGGAAUAAGCAAGACAGAAGUGGAGUGUACUUCAGAGCCUGGUUAGAUCAUGGACUGUUGAACCAGGGGCUGGCGUUGGCCAUGAAACUGAAUGACCGUAACUUCAAGGGGAAUGAAAAAGGAAUUGGACCAAUGGAGAAGGAGGGGAAGGGCCAAGGAAAGAGAGUGAACAAGAUUCUUGAAAGUCUGUUUUAGUCUGGAGGAGUUGGAUUGGUGAGGUGAUGGAUGUCAUCAAUCUCAGGAAUGCUAUUAUACCGAGCCUGUGAGCUACUACUUUGCAUCUCUCCUGAAUAAAAAAAUCUGGGAAAAGUGAGAUGAAA